CUAUGAACGACUUCAGUGUAUAUAUAGCACUAAUAUAUUUGUCGUAUCAGCAAACUGUCUCUGGAGAAUUGCAAAUGGAUAUCAGAGCCACCACAUUUAGUCCUUUUUUUAUCCUACUGCUACUCUUUUUCCUAGCUCAAACACAUCCUGUUGAAGCUGUAUGGCCUAAUUUUAGUAUUGAAAAUUCUACUCCCAGUUGCAUAAAGAAAGAGAGAGACGCACUUCUUGCAUUCAAAGAAGAUCUUGAAGACCCUUCAAAUCUUCUUUCUUCAUGGAAUGGCCAAAGCUGCUGCAGUUGGUUCGGUAUAAGCUGCAACAAUCAGACAGGCCACGUCACAAAACUUGACCUUCAGAACCAAUAUCAAUAUUUCUGCACUGGAUCUUCAUGCGACAGGUCGUACGUAGGUGGUAAGUUAAAUCCUUCUUUACUUGAAUUGAAGUAUUUGAGUUAUUUGGAUCUAAGCAACAAUGAUUUCCAAGGAAUUACCAUUCCAAACUUUAUGGGUUCUUUGAGCAAUUUGAGAUAUCUAGAUCUCUCAAGAUCAUCUUUUUCUGGAAUGGUUCCUCCUAAUCUUGGGAACCUCUCUCAGUUGCAAUAUCUUGAUCUAAGUUUGAGUCUAGAACUUUGGGUUUCUGAUUUAUAUUGGCUCCCAAAUCUUUCCUCUUUGAAGUAUCUAAGUUUAGGAAGUGUGAACCUAAGCAAAGCAACUACUCAUUGGCUGCAAACUGUGAAUAUGCUUCCUUCAUUGUCAAAGCUUCACUUGUCCUUCUCUGGACUCCUUAACUUUCCUCAGUCUCCUCCAUCUGUAAAUUUUACAUCUCUCUCAGUUCUCGACCUCAGUAAUAAUCAAUUUGACUCUUCUUCUAUUCUUCGUUGGUGGUUUAAUAUCACUACUCUAACAAGCCUCAAACUCGAAAGGAGUAAUCUUGUUGGCCCCAUUCCUGAGGUUCCAAGAGGAAGUCUUUGCAAUCUUCAUACUGUUGAUCUAGAAGCCAAUUCUCUUAAUGGUGAUUUAAAAGGACUUUGGGAUGCUUUGUCAGGAUGUCAUAAUUUCAGCCUUGAGUUUAUAGACUUGAGAACAAACAAACUCACAGGGAAUUUGCCAAAUUCUCUAGGAAAUUUCAAGAAUUUGAGAGACAUUGAUCUCUUCUCAAACUUAUUAUCGGGUCCAAUUCCACAGUCCAUUGGGAAUUUGUCACAUUUGGAAGAAUUAAAACUCUCUAACAACUUAAUGUUUAGCGGGAACAUACCGGAGAGUAUAGGACAACUUGAUGAGCUGAGGGUAUUAGAGCUUUAUUCUAAUUCAUGGGAAGGAGUUAUGACCAAAACUCAUUUCAUGAAUCUUACAAAAUUAUUUUGGCUUUCUUUGUCAUCUAGACAGAAUGCUUUGGUAUUGAAAGUUCCAAAUGACUGGAUUCCUCCUUUCAAUUUGAAAUCCAUCCAGAUAAGUGGAUGCCAAUUAGGUCCAUCAUUCCCUGCAUGGCUCAAAACUCAAACCAAUAUUUAUGCAGGAUCAAUGAUGAUCCUUAGCAAUGGGGCAAUUUCAGGUCCAAUACCUGAUUGGUUUUGGAAAAUUUGUCCAUCUCAACUUGAUAUUUCUCAAAACAGCUUAAAAGGGUACCUUUCUUCAUUGAAUUUUGGUUCAUCUUUAUGGUGGGUUGAUUUGAGUUUUAAUCAGUUUCAAGGUCCGCUAAAACUCUGGCCUUAUGUUCUUUCACUGUAUUUAAGAAACAACAAACUUUCUGGACCAAUGCCUUCCGAUAUUGGCCAUGAAAUGCCUGGGUUACAAGUCCUAGAUUUGUCUGGAAACUUUCUUGAGGGCAGCAUACCAUUGUCCCUGAAUAAACUAAACAGUCUGAGAUAUCUUGGUUUAUCGAACAAUAGUUUGUCAGGAGAAAUCCAUAUCGACUGGAGCGGUAUGCGAAACUUAUGGAUAAUAGAUCUGUCCAAAAACAAUUUUUCUGGUACAAUCCCCAGUGAAUUUUGCUCACUGCCUUUGCUUAGCUGGUUACAAUUGAAUAGCAAUUAUUUUUCUGGACAGCUCUCUUUAUUUUUGCAUAACUGCACAAGGAUAGUCACAUUUGAUCUUGGAGACAACAAGUUAUCCGGUACCAUUCCAAAAUGGAUUGGCAAAGAACUUUUCUCACUUGGUCAAUUACGCUUAAGGGGCAACUUACUUACUGGAAAAAUUCCUCAAGAAUUGUGUCUGCUCACCUCUAUCCAUGUCUUGGACCUUUCACAUAAUAAUUUGUCCGGGACAAUCCCGACAUGUUUGGAUAAGUUGACUGAGUUCAAAAAUCAGGGCCGCUACUCGAGUUCAUUUCCUAGAUCACUCCUUAAUUAUCCAAGGUAUAUGGAUUUGUAUACCAAGGGAAGUCAGUAUGAAUAUGACCCUGGCCAAAUCAUGAUUGUGAGAAUGUUGGAUCUUUCAAGAAACAAUCUCUCAGGGAAAAUUCCAGCAGCAGUCACAAAUCUUUCAGCAUUGGGUACUCUAAAUUUGUCAUGGAACCGGUUCACAGGAAAUAUACUAGAAAACAUUGGAGACUUAAGGAGUUUAGAGACUCUUGAUCUCUCAUGCAACAAUCUUGAAGGUCCAAUUCCUGCAAGCAUGACUUCUCUGACUUCAUUGAGCCAUUUGAACCUGUCAAAUAACAAUUUAUCUGGACCAAUUCCAUUAAUCAACCAGUUCAACACCUUAAAUGAUCCAUCAAUUUAUGAAGGUAAUCCAGGACUUUGCGGUUCACCAUUACCAACCAUGUGCAGUUCAGACUCAGUGCCUAAGGAUGGAGGAACAACAGCAGAGGAUGAUGAAGAUGGAUCUCUGUCUGAUAAGUUCUGGUUCUACAUAAGCUUGGGGCUGGGAUUCUUCGUGGGAUUUUGGGGGGUUUGUGGUAGUUUGCUAAUAAAGAAGUCUUGGAGGGAUUCAUAUUUUCGGUUCCUUAACAAUGCUAAAGAUUGGAUCCUCCUAGUGGUUGAAUUGAAUGUGGCUCGUUUGCGAAGGAUGACGAGGAAGAUGGAACACGCCUAGUGGAUAAGUGUUCAUUGACCUAACGGAGGUCAUGAAAGGAAGAAGGUGCUAAAUAAAUUUCGAAGACAAAUUGAGUCUCAAGGAAUGGAAAGACUAGGAUACAUAGCAAUUAUGUAUCAACAUGUAAGUGUUUGAAGAAGUUAGCCUGUGUUUGAAUAAGUUAGCUUGGUCUGUGAAUUCUAUGUUUUUUGUGUAUCACCAUGUAAGUGUUUGAAGAAGUUAUGUAUCAACAUGUAAGUGUUUGAAGAAGUUAUGUAUCAACAUGUAAGUGUUUGAAGGAGUUAGCUUGGUCUGUGAAUUCUAUGUUUUUUAUGUAUCAACAUGUAAGUGUUUGAAGAAGUUAGCUUUGUCUGUGAAUUCUAUGUUUCUUACAAAGUUAAACUAAAAUGUACUUCUACUUUUUUUAUGCUUAAUUAUGAUGUA